AUGACUGACCAGCAGAUCCCUCUUGUCAUAGCUAUUAGAAUGCAUUCAAGGUUUCAGGCAACAAAAAAACCUGGUACCUUUUUUGAAGCAGCAGCUAAGGAGACUCCAGAACUCACUGUGGCUGACAGAAAGGCCAAAGAAGGAGUCAAGACUGAGAACAAUGGUUAUAUUAAUCUGAAGAUGGUGGGGCAGGAGAGUUCUAUGGUGCAGUUUAAGUUCAACAGGCAUAUACCACUUAAUAAACUAAUGAAAGCCUAUUAUGAACAACAGAGUUUAUCAGUGAAGCAGGUCAGAUUCCAAUUUGAUGGGCAGCCAGUUAAUGAGGUAGACAUACCUGCACAGUUGGAAGUGGAGUUUGAAGAUAUAAUUGAUGUGUUCCAGCAGCAGACAGGAGGUGUCUACUACAAAGGGAACAUGCUAUUCAUUCCAGAAUUCCAUUCCCACAGGCCAGGAAUACAUUCUCAGUUAGAGAACUACAACUUGGUUGUACUGAAGUUAGUGGUGAUUGAAUGUAUUGUGGUAGCAACUUGA